UGUUUAGGUGGUGCAUAUGUCACAGUCAGCACAGCCCGGGACGAUGCCCACAGCCCCGGAUUCCCCCUCUCUGAGCGUCACCGUCAGUGGAAAUGUGCAGAAAUACAGCAUCAAGAAGAAAAAGGUUUUAAAUGCGGAGGAGACUGAGCUGUUCGAGCUCACUCAGGCUGCUGGGAUAGUCAUUGAUCAAGAGGUGUUUAAGAUCAUAGUGGACCUGUUGAAGAUGAACGUUGCUCCUCUGGCAGUCUUUCAGACCCUAAAGACCAUGUGUGCGGGGCAGAAGGUCUCUGAAGCGUCCACCGGUGACACAUCCACAGCGUCCCACACCACCGCUGCACCUUCAGAGUCUAGAGAAGAAGAAUGUGUGGUCUCAGGAAAAAGCUCUAAAACUGCAGCCCCUCCCUCUGCACCGGUGUCCCGCCCCCCUAGGGGAGGGGCUAAGAUAGUGGUCUACAGCACGGGUGACACAGGCGCUCCUAUCUCUCAAGUGCGCAGUAAAACAAGUUCAGGGCAAGGGGAGAAAUCAGCGAGAGACGGUUCUAGCCAGCGAGUGCCACGGCAGGUCAGUGCCACCAGGGGGCAGAAGAGCGCCAAGAGCUCUGGCAGCAGCAGCUCGUCUUCUCAGCUCACCUCCAACUGAAGUUCUUCACCAAUUAAACAACACAUACUAAACUUG